GUGCCAACUUCUUGGGAACGCUAUGCUUAUCCUAGCCUCUAUCCACUGGGUCUUUGGUAUUCCGACCUUUUAAGCCGAGUAAAGGAACUGGACGCCUGGACGCAAGAUAUGAGUCUUCCUGGUUCUGUCUGGCUCGGCGGUCUUUUUAAUCCGCAAUCCUUCCUUACUGCUGUAAUGCAACAGACGGCGCGCAAAAUGGAAUGGCCACUGGACAAAAUGUGCAUUAGCGUAGAGGUGACCAAAAAGUGGAGCGAAGAGAUGGGAUGUGCCCCGAGAGAGGGAGCCUAUGUGCACGGUCUCUACGUCGAAGGUGCAAGGUGGGACAUGUCGGCCGGCUCGAUAACUGAAUCAAGGAAUAAGGAGUUGACGCCACUCGUACCUGUAAUAUUGUUGAGAUCUGUCACUGUGGAUAGGCAGGAGAGCAGGGUCGCUCAGAUGUACGCUUGUCCUCUAUACAAAACUAAGACUAGAGGACCAACUUUUGUAUGGACCUUCCAUAUGCGAACUCGAGACAAACCGGCACGCUGGAUUCUGGGAGGAGUUGCUUUACUGCUGCAAGUCUAA